AUGCUGUUCUCUUGGAUUUUCAUCUCUUCCCUUCUGCAGAUUCCUAUUCUCGUGUGCUCCUACAGAAGCAGCAGUGAGUGCUUAGUCAGAAUCAACUAUCGUUUAACUGGUAAAGGAAAUGUGGUGAUUGUUGGAUUUUUCCCUGCUUUUAAUGCCUACCCAAUCAACAAAACAGUUGAAAGGAGAAUGACUGUAUUUAGCAGAGAUUAUAUGAUUGAAUUAAAGUUGAGGAACUACCAAUGUAUUUUGGCCAUGAUGUUUGCCAUUGAGGAAAUCAAUAGCAAUCCCUAUCUUUUACCUAAUACAUCCCUGGGAUUUGAGAUCCAUAAUGUCCCAAAUAGUCGAAGGCGCACUCUGGCAGCUCUUUUUGCCUCACUUUCAGGCACUGACUAUAGCAUCCCUAACUACAGAUGUGCAAGAGAGAUCAUGUCAGCUGCUGUACUUACAGGACCAUCUUGGGCAAUAUCUGAAUACAUAGCGACACUGCUGGAUCUUUACAAAUUUCCACAGCUUAGUUUUGGGCCUUUUGAUACUACCCUGAGUGAACAAGGACAGUUUUCUUCACUGUACCAGGUGGCCCCCAAGGACACAUCUCUCACACUUGGCAUUGUAUCAUUGAUGCUUCAUUUCCACUGGAACUGGGUUGGGCUGUUCAUCAUAGAUGAUGACAAAGGUGCCCAGAUUCUGUCAGAUUUGAGAAGUGAGCUGGAGAAAUAUGGAGUCUGCAUAGCAUUUGUGGAAAUGAUCCGAGUAAUCAGGGGUUCAUUUCUGACUACAUCCUGGAAAAAUCAGGUGCAGAUCCUGGAAUCAUCAGCAAAUGUGAUUAUUAUUUAUGGGGACACUGAUUCUCUCUUAAGCUUAAUAGUAAAUAUAAAGCAGAAGUUAGUCACAUGGAAAGUCUGGGUCCUGAAUUCACAAUGGGAUCAUUCAGAAAUUGAUGACUAUUUCCUAUUAGAUGCAUUGCAUGGGACCCUUAUUUUUUCACACCAUAAUGAGGAGAUUAAUAAUUUUACAGAUUUUAUCCAGACAGCCAAUCCUUCUAAAUAUCCAGAAGACGUUUAUCUUCAUGUAUUAUGGCACUCAUUCUUCAAUUGCUCUUAUUUGAGGAAAGACUGUAAAAUUGUGGAUAACUGUUUGCCUAAUGCCUCCUUGGGAUUUUUGCCAGGGAACAUAUUUGAUAUGGCCAUGAGUGAAGAGAGUUACAAUGUGUACAAUGCUGUGUAUGCUGUGGCCCACAGUCUGCAUGAGAUGAUUUUUAAUCAAUUACAAAAUCAAUCACUGGAAAAUGGAAAAGAGGUGGUAUUCUUCCCCUGGAAGAUUCAACCUUUUCUCAGGAACAUCAGAUAUACCAAUCCUGCUGGUGACCAUGUGGUUCUGGGCUGGAAGAGGAAACUAGAUGUAGACUAUGACAUUCUCAAUUUUUGGAAUUUCCCAAAAGGUCUUGGGCUAAGUGUGAAAAUAGGAACAUUUUCUCCAAAUCUUCCCCAGAGUCAACAGCUGUCUUUAUCUGAGCACAUGAUACAAUGGCCCACAGGAUUUACAGAGAAUCCUCAGUCUGUAUGCAGUGAGAGCUGUGGUUCUGGAUUCAGGAAGACCCCCCAGGAAGGCAAGGCUGCCUGUUGCUUUGACUGCACACCUUGCCCACAGAAUGAGAUUUCCAAUGAGACUGAUAUGGAUCAGUGUAUGAAGUGUCCAGAGAGUCACUAUGCAAACACAGAGAAGAACCACUGCUUCCAGAAGACUGUGACCUUUCUGAACUAUGAUGAUCCCUUGGGAAAGGCACUCACCUCCAUGUCCCUGGGCCUCUCCUCACUCACAGCAAUUGUCCUUGGGGUCUUUGUGAAGCAUAGAGAUACUCCCAUUGUCAAGGCCAAUAAUCGGGCUCUUAGUUACAUCCUGCUGAUCACUCUGACCUUCUGUUUUCUCUGUCCUUUACUCUUCAUUGGCCAUCCCAACACAGCCACCUGUAUCCUUCAGCAGAACACAUUUGGACUUCUGUUCACUGUGGCUCUUUCUACUGUAUUGGCCAAAACUGUAACUGUAGUCAUGGCCUUCAAGGUCACUGCUCUGGGAAGUAUGAUGAGAAGGUUAAUGAUAUCAAGGACUCCUAACAUCAUCAUUCCACUCUGCACCACAAUCCAACUUCUUCUCUCUGGAAUAUGGCUGGCGACCUCUCCUCCAUUUGUUGACACAGAUGCUCACUCUGAACAUGAACACAUCAUCGUCAUGUGUAACAAGGGCUCAGCUAUUGCUUUCCAUGGCAUCCUUGGAUACCUGGGAUUCUUGGCCCUAGGGAGCUACCUGAUGGCUUUCUUGUCCAGGAAUCUGCCUGACACAUUCAAUGAGGCCAAAUUCCUAUCAUUCAGCAUGCUGGUGUUCUGCAGUGUCUGGGUCACCUUCCUCCCUGUCUACCACAGCACCAAGGGGAAGGUCAUGGUGGCUCUGGAAGUCUCCUCUAUCUUGGCUUCCAGUUCAGGGAUCCUGGGCCUCAUCUUUGCCCCUAAGUGCUACAUUGUGUUGUUAAGGCCAGAAAGAAACUUACUUCAUCAUAUCAAGGACAAAACACACUCUAGGAAGAAAAUCCCCUUUGAUACUUAG